AUGUCGGAUGAAAAAAAAAUGGACGAAAUCGAACCUUCGGAGAAACUGGAGACAAUCAAUCUCGAUGAAAAAUCAGUUCCAAUAGAAGAAAUAUCAGAAAGUAAAGUCAUGGAAGAAAAAACUAAACAGGAAACAAUAAAAAUAUCAAAACUAGACUUAGGACUAUUAUUCAUUGGUUUAAUAUUUGCCUGCUUUUUGGCAACGUUGGAAGGUACAAUUGUCAGUACUGCAUUACCUCGAAUCGCCAGCGAUUUAAAGGCCAUUGACAAAUACAGUUGGGUUGCAACCGCCUACUUAUUAACUUAUAACGCUUUUCAACCAAUAUAUGGCAAAACUUCAGAUAUCUUCGGUAGACGUGCAACGAUGAUUUUCUCCUUCAUGAUAUUUUUAAUUGGUUCAGCAGGAAGUGGUUCUGCGACAUCAAUUGAUAUGCUUAUUGCAUUCCGUGUUAUACAAGGCGCUGGUGGUGGUGGAAUUAUGUCACUGGUGUUUAUCACCAUCAGUGAUAUAUUCCCGUUGGAAGAGAGGCCAAAGUAUCAGGCUAUUAUUUGGGCUACGUUUGGUGUCUCAGCAAUAGUUGGUCCGAUCUUAGGAGGGGGUUUCGUUGAUCAUUUAACUUGGCGUUGGGCUUUUUAUAUAAACCUUCCUUUUGGCGCACUCGCAAUUCUCUUUGUCCUGGCAUUCUUGAAACUUCCAUUUGCCUACACUUCAUUUAAAGAUAAACUGUUACGCAUUGACUGGUUAGGUUCAGUUUUCAUUAUUCUAGUUGUCUUUGCAAUCCUCCUGCCCACAUCAUGGGGUGGAAACGAUUAUCCCUGGAAAUCGGCUCCUGUGAUUUCUCUAUACUGCGCAACUGCUGUAUUAAUCGGAAUAUUUGCUUGGAUUGAACACCGCUGGGCUGUCGAGCCAAUCAUUCCUGGACGUAUCCUCAAGAACUUGACUGUGGCGGCCGUAUUUACUACAAAUUUCCUAUCGGGUGCUGUUUUAUUUUCGCUUAUUUACUAUAUCCCUGUUUUCUUCCAAGUUGUUCGCGGCGAAAAAGCCACUAGUUCGGGCUUACAACUGUUACCUCUGGCCUUUGGUCUUGUGAUUUUUUCAAUGGUAUCUGGGGCAAUCGUACGCAAAACUCCAGGUGGUUACAAAGUUUACAUAACCAUUGGAUGCGCGUUAGUAGUCGUAGGAAUGAGUCUGUUAAGCACCUUAUCCGAGGAAACAUCACGUAUAAAAGAAAUUUUUUACUUAUUAAUUCCCGGAAUUGGUUUUGGUUUUGAAUUACAAAUGUGUUUAAUCGCUGUUCAAAGUGCUGUUGCCCAAAACGAUAUGGCUAUCGUUACCUCCCUUGCUGGUUUCUUCCAAUCAAUAGGAGGUAGCAUAGGUAUUGCCAUUGCAAGUUCUGUACUUAACAGCUAUCUGUCGGCUCAUAUUCUCGACAUUCCGCCGAAUUUUCUUACACCUGACGUAAUAGAAGUACUUAAGAGUUCGAUAUCAGGGAUAUCAUCGUUACCAGAGCCAGUGAAGUCAUUAGCAAUACACAUCUACGUGAAAGCGUUACAUCGAGUGUUCCAUGCAGGUAUUGCAUUCUCUGGUAUCGCCUUUAUAUCUUGCCUGUUCAUCAAGAGGUACAAGAUGGUCAGUAUGGAAGAAUCAGCUGCUGUUGCGGCCUAA